AUGAACAAGGACAGGAAUCAGGUGUCUGAGAGAAUCUUGAGUAUCACCUUGGAGAUCAUCUACCUGCUGACUGGAGAGGUGAGGGAUUCUGGGUAAUGUCAUUAUGGAGAUCAUCUACCUGCUGACUGGAGAGGUGAGGGAUUCUGGGUAAUGUCAUUAUGGAGAUCGUCUACCUGCUGGCUGGAGAGGUGAGGGAUUCUGGGUAAUGUCAGUAUGGAGAUCAUCUACCUGCUGCCUGGAGAGGUGAGGGAUUCUGGGUAAUGUCAGUAUGGAGAUCAUCUACCUGCUGGCUGGAGAGGUGAGGGAUUCUGGGUAAUGUCAGUAUGGAGAUCAUCUACCUGCUGACUGGAGAGGUGAGGGAUUCUGGGUAAUGUCAGUAUGGAGAUCAUCUACCUGCUGACUGGAGAGGUGAGGGAUUCUGGGUAAUGUCAUUAUGGAGAUCAUCUACCUGCUGACUGGAGAGGUGAGGGAUUCUGGGUAAUGUCAGUAUGGAGAUCAUCUACCUGCUGACUGGAGAGGUGAGGGAUUCUGGGUAAUGUCACCAUGUAGAUCAUCUACCUGCUGACUGGAGAGGUGAGGGAUUCUGGGUAAUGUCAUUAUGGACAUCAUCUACCUGCUGGCUGGAGAGGUGAGGGAUUCUGGGUAAUGUCAGUAUGGAGAUCAUCUACCUGCUGACUGGAGAGGUGAGGGAUUCUGGGUAAUGUCAUUAUGGAGAUCAUCUACCUGCUGACUGGAGAGGUGAGGGAUUCUGGGUAAUGUCACCAUGUAGAUCAUCUACCUGCUGACUGGAGAGGUGAGGGAUUCUGGGUAAUGUCACCAUGUAGAUCAUAUUAGCAUUACUAUUACCUUUGUUACGGUACUGUAAGUUAAGGCAUGUAAUUAUUGCAUUCUAUCCUGAAGUAAUAUCUCUUGAUAUAGCUGUUUGUUGAUAAUUUGUCUGUGUUACUUGUUGAAUUUUUUUUUUAGGAUUAUUUGGUUGUCAAGAAACCUGGUGGCCAUGAUGGACAUUGCAGCAAGUCUUAUGUGUCUGCAUUCUCCAGGACUCAAAGCCCCAGCCCAGUGCCUCCACCUCGCUCUUUGAUCCACGAGAAAAACAAUGACCUGAAGAUCUUGGAACUGACUAAUGAGAUCAUCCAGCUGCCGACUGGUGAGGUGAGGCUGCUGGGAAUGAAGGGGUGUUUUUGGAUGAUCCCUGUAUCACGGUAUCAGAUUCUUUCACAUUGUCACUUUAAGAGCUAUCACAUUUUAUAUGUUCUCCAAAAACAUAUAAUCCUCACAACAAGGGUAUCCCCGGAUAGCUUAUCCCCUCAGUAACCCUCGGUCCAGAGAGCACCUCUAUUGGCCAUAUGGUUUUCAAUCAUAAAUGUUUCAAAAGAUGUGACUAGUCUGAUGUAUAGCUCCAUGUGGCCAACUCCCGAGUCUCUUUAUUGCAUUUAGUUGCGUAGUUAGGUUACCAAAUGCUCUGAUGGAGUAUGCCUGCUUUGUUAAAGUUGGGGCAAUAGGGGAGUAAAACAGUACUUUUGGGGGCACACAAAGGCAUUCUCUGUAUCAAAGUUGGUGCAAGAUGUUAUGUGCACCCCAUUCAGGAGGAGAGCACAGCUGCUGUCUGCACACCUCUGAUCUGCACGUGGUAAAUAGCAUUUUAUAUGUAUGGUAAGUGAUGGGCAGAACUACUCUAAGGGGAUAAACUAGCAGUACGAGUUGAUGGGAUAAGAAUAGCCCAGACACAAACGCCCCCGAUUACAGUAAUUUAUUUUUGGGGGGGGGGGGGGGGGUGUUUGCCCUUCUUUGUGCAUUACCUAAUAAAAGGCAUUAUAAAAUUGAGUAUAAUUUCCCACCUAUAGUUUUCUUGAAGGUGUGCCAAUGCUUGUCUUGUUCUCCAUGUAGGAGUGGGAAUAUGUGGAAGAACCAAAGGAACCUUACAAGGCUAUUGUAAUGGAGGAUCUCCAACCCCUCAGCUCUCUGGGUAAGAGGAAGCCCGAUCACUGUCAUGGCUGAUAACAAACACCAUGCUAGAGGUCCAUAGUUUAUCUAUAUAGUCAGGGUCUGAGAAAUGUAUGAAGAAUGUAGAAACCUAUAAGGAGUGUAAUCAAAUAAAUGGUUCUCGUGGGGAUAAAAUAACAUGUAAACACACAUCAUAAAUCAGUAAUGGAUGAUUGCUAUAAUCUCUGAUAACGUAUUCAGCAGGACUACAUAUCCAUACAUUUAUUUGGUUAUAUAGCUUGAAAAUAGACGCCGCCUCAUCAAGUUCCAUGUUUCACCUUUUCACUCUUGUUUAUUAAGGUUGGAAAUAUGUGUAGUAUUUGCAGCGAAUGAAAAAAUCUAGAAUAACAACAGAAAGCUGAUCAAGAUAAUAUUAAUAAAAAGAUAUACACAUUGUAUACGACGAUGAAGUCUUUUUUUGGAAAUGUUUGUUUUAUUUGCCACUAAAAUGGACAUCUAGGAAGUUAAGCAUUGGCCUAAGAAUUAGCUUUCUAUCGCUGUGUGCUUUCUUUGUUAGUUAGCACAAAUAAUCUUACCAGCAGCAUCACUAGAGACCAUCAUAACGCAACACUCUAACUCUUACUACAAGCACGGCCCAGCUUGCAGCUCCAUUUAGCACAGUCUUUACAAACUGUACUGACUAACAGCAAUCAUUCCCAUCUAUUGGCAUCUCUGAGAGAUUAUCAUAGUACAAUACAGACAAUUGAUAAAAGUAGUAUUUACCUGUAGAAACAUCAUAGAAAGUCUGUUUACUAUGAAAUCACCAGCAAUAAGCUGCAAAACUAUUCUACCUCUUUAUAAAAGCAUACAUACAUGGCGGUUUAGAAAUAAUGUAACAUACUGAUUUCAUAAAUAGGACUUAACUUUCUUCACCAUGUGAUCCACUUUAGUUAUACGUUGAUUUUAAGUAUCUAACCAAGGACAUACAGUUGCAAGAAAAAGUAUGUGAACCCUUUGGAAUGAUAUGGAUUUCUGCACAAAUUGGUCAUAAAAUGUGAUCUGAUCAUCAUCUAAGUCAAAACAAUAGACAAUCACAGUCUGCUUAAACUAAUAACACACAAAGAAUGAAAUGUUGCCAUGUUUUUAUUGAACACACCAUGUAAACAUUCACAGUGCAGGUGGAAAAAGUAUGUGAACCCUUGGAUUUAAUAACUGGUUGAACCUCCUUUGGCAGCAAUAACUUCAACCAAACGUUUCCUGUAGUUGCAGAUCAGACGUGCACAACGGUCAGGAGUAAUUCUUGACCAUUCCUCUUUACAGAACUGUUUCAGUUCAGCAAUAUUCUUGGGAUGUCUGGUGUGAAUCGCUUUCUUGAGGUCAUGCCACAGCAUCUCAAUCGGGUUGAGGUUAGGACUCUGACUGGGCAACUUCAGAAGGCGUAUUUUCUUCUGUUUAAGCCAUUCUGUUGUUGAUUUACUUCUAUGCUUUGGGUCAUUGUCCUGUUGCAACACCCAUCUUCUGUUGAGCUUCAGCUGGUAGACAGAUGGCCUUAAGUUCUCCUGCAAAAUGUCUUGAUAAACUUGGGAAUUCAUUUUUCCUUCGAUGAUAGCAAUCCGUCCAGGCCCUGACGCAGCAAAGCAGCCCCAAACCAUGAUGCCCCUACCACCAUACUUCACAGUUGGGAUGAGGUUUUGAUGUUGGUGUGCUGUGCCUUUUUUUCGCGACACUUAGUGUUGUGUGUUUCUUCCAAACAACUCAACUUUGGUUUCAUCUGUCCACAGAAUAUUUUGCCAGUACUGCGGUGGAACAUCCAGGUGUUCUUGUGCAAACUGUAAAUGGGCAGCAAUGUUUUGUUUGGACAGCAGUGGCUUCCUCUGUGGUAUCCUCCCAUGAAAUCCAUUUUUGUUUAGUGUUUUACGUAUUGUAGAUUCGCUAACAGGGAUGUUAGCAUUUGACAGUGACUUUUGUAAGUCUUUAGCUGACACUCUAGGAUUCUUCUUCACCUCAUUGAGCAGUAUGCGCUGUGCUCUUGCAGUCUUCUUUACAGGACGGCCACUCCUAGGGAGAGUAGCAGCAGUGCUGAACUUUCUCCAUUUAUAGACAAUUUGUCUUACUGUGGACUGAUGAACAGCAAGGCUUUUGGAUAUACUUUUAUAACCCAUUACAGCUUUAUGCAAGUCAACAAUUCUUAAUCAUGGGUCUUCUGAGAGCUCUUUUGUGCGAGGCAUCAUUCACAUCAGGCAAUGCUUCUUGUGAAAAGCAAACUGUAACGGACCGUUUUGCAAAAAAGGGAAAAAAAACGCUUAGACGAUAAUCCCCUUUCAGAGACAGGCACAGCUACUGUAGAAUCACCAAAACUCACGAACUGAAUACAAGUGAAUGCUCCAAACUCCCGAACGGCAUACAAGGGAAUAAGAUAGCACUCCAAAUACACGAACAGGAACCAUACGAAUUGCUGCUACCAGACGAACAGGAAAAGCUCCCAAGCGGCUUACACUCCUGCAAUCAGUCUCUAUAAGCAUUCAGUAAAUCCCCCCCAAAGACGAGACAAGCUCCGUGUUGAGGGGUCAAGCAGUGGUCUGUUUAAUGAGGGCUACCUGCCCAGUAUUUAUGCAGUUCUCCCACCUGGUGGACACUCCCCUAGGGGACCAAAUGGGAGACUGUGACAAGGGACAGACAAGCAGACAAAUAGGACACACAGUCACAGUAUUUCCCACAGUGCAUCCUGGCUUCCUCCCCUCUGCCCUGGGAGAUAACUGGGAAGUAACUCAAUUAUCUCCCAAGACAAAGGCAAAACUCCAUUACACACGUGGAGACACAAAACCAGCAUUAUACUUUAAAAUACAUAAUGUAACAUUUAUUACACAAAACACAGACAUGUAACAUAUCCCCAGAUAGCUCAGGUCUGAGUGCACAUUAUUAGGUGAAUGGCACUCAGACCACACGAAUACAGCUUAAUCGCCAUGGAGCUAAAGUCUUUACACAGUCAGUUUCAUACGAAUGGGCUCCAUGGGAUUCCUAUCUGGGGUAUAAUACAUUCGAACAAAAAUACAGAACACCGGGCUGUUCGUGCACUUCCACCGAACAAGAAGGGAGGUUGGCGGCUUCAGCGGUGUUCGCGCAAAACUGUGUCCGAUUUUAGUUCCAUGAAAAUAGAGGUGAACACCGCUGUGCAUUCGUAUGUUUUAAAAUGGCCGCGACCUCGUGUUCGGGAUACGAAUGGCGGCCACCCAGCUUUCAUCAAUUAAGCUGCGGUUAACCGCAGCUUCAGGGAGGUUAAUUGCCGGCACACUCCAGCUCCCAGGUGGUCUAUUCAUUCGUGCGGUUGUUCGGUAGAUUGAAACUACCGAACAACCGGCAGAAAAGCAUGAAUACAGCUUUUCUGCAUGCAAAAAUAAAGUCUUUUAAAAGGGGGCCAUAGUCCAAAGGCAGCAGGCGAGCAACCAGGCUUCUCCAAUGCAAUGUGGCGAGAUUGGUCUCGUCACAUCUCUCCCCUUUUCCAAACAGGCUAACAGGGUAUCUGACCUCCUGCCGGUCAGUGCCCUUGUUAGUCCAGCAGCCCACCCACAAAACAUAAUCAGCAGCACAGCCCACCCACAAUAAAUGGUUACUACACCUGGGUAAAGGAGAAGCUUGUCCAUGUCCAGGUGCCUCACCACGGCUGUGCUGGGUACGGGUACGCUGACUUGGUGGGUUGCUGCGUGGGCAGAGACCAGCGGCACUCUGCCCUGUUGCCAGCGCUACUGGGAGGGUAGCCUGGUUGAAGCCUGGUUGUUGGAGGGGGAGACCGACUGUCUCCCCUUUAAAUACACCGCUCUGCUGCUGGAGACUGACUGUCUCCCCUUUAGAUACACAGUCCUGAUGCUGGAGACCGACUGUCUCCCCUUUGGUUACCCAUCUCUGCUGCUGGAGGGGGAGACCGACUGUCUCCCCUUUGGCUAAACAGCCCUGUCGCUGGGGGGCAGAACCGAACGUCCCUACCCCCUGUGCUGGCAGUGUAGAGACUACGGUCCCAUCUGCACAGUUGUGGGGCUUACUGUCUCCCCCGGGUACAUUAAGCUGCCGCUGGGGAGAGGGGGUAACAAGCUCCUCUCUCAUACAUACUUCCAGCCGCGGGGGAGGGAGACCGACUGUCUCUGCUCCCAAUACAGAGUCCUGCUGCUGGGGAAAGGAGACUGGGCUCUCUAUUCCCGGUAGGACACUCUGCCGCUGGGGAAUGGAGACGGGGCUCCCAAUUCCCAAUAAUCUGUGCUGCCGCUGGGGAAUGGAGACUGGGCUCCCAAUUCCCAAAGCAUCAUACUGCCGCUGGGGAAUGGAGACUGGGCUCCCAAUUCCCCAAAAAUCACGCUGCCGCUGGGGAGGGAGGACACUGCUCUCCUCUCCCUGGACUUCACACUGCCUUCCCGGCAUAUCACUUGGCUGCUGGGGGGCAGGAACAACUACCUCUGCCCCCUGUAACUCAGUUUGUCGCUGGGGAGGGAGGACACUGCUCUCCUCUCCCUGCACUUCACACUGCCUUCCCGGCAUAUCACUCUGCUGCUGUGGGGCAGGAACAACUACCUCUGCCCCCUGUAACUCAGCCUGCCGCUGGGGAGGGAGGAUGCUGCUCUCCUCUCCCUGCACUUUACACUGCCUUCCCGGCAUAUCACUCUGCUGCUGGAGGGCAGGAACAACUACCUCUGCCCCCUGUAACUCAGCCUGCCGCUGGGGAGGGAGGACGCUGCUAUCCUCUCCCUGCACUUUACACUGCCGCUGGGGAAUGGAGACUGGGCUCCCAAUUCCCUGCAGGACCGGUGGAGAGACCUCGGUCCCAUCUCCACCGGCCACCUGGGGUUCUUCCCAGUAAAACUGUACCAUCUCGUUCCCUCUGAAUGGGUCUGGCUCUGUCAUGCUGCUCUCCUGCUGAGCCUUCUCACUGUAUUGGAACAGCUGCUGGUAGCCCUGUUCUAGCUCCAUCUCCCGGGUCACCAGGUGGACCAAGUCUUGCUCAAUUUUGUGAGUGUCGUCCCAGUCAUACCUGCUCUCCCUCCACUCCCAGAGAUCACUGAACCGGGCUUGUGUAGGGCUCCCAAAUUCGAGCUCUGAAAACGGCUCCCAUAACAAGCCAGGACCAUCAAACUCCUCUCCCUCUGGCUUGUCAUGCUCGGCUGUCCAGGGUAGGUACUGUGCCCCAUACCACCAGAGCGCCUGGUAGGCAUCUUCUAGCCACAACUCCUGCCAUACUAGGUGUUCCAAUUUCCUCACCCAUUCCUCCAGGGGCUGCUCUCCCAGGAAGGGCAUCCGCAGGGCUACUCGCUUCUGCAACCGCUGGUCUUCCUUGGGGAAUCUCUCGCCCCGCUGGUACUCCACAAUACCCAGUGCCUGGUACCAGAUGCCUUUACGGACUGCAUCUCGGUCAUCCAUGGCACCCUCGUCAUACUCCACUGCUGGUUCCAUCUCGGUGCUGUCAGGGUCGCUGUACUGGGACAUGCGUUGCCCUCAAAUUGUAAAAAUCCACGGAAUGGUGUCACCUGUAGCUGUCCUGUAGUCUGUGGGAACGAUCCCGCCGCUUGCCACCAAUUGUAACGGACCGUUUUGCAAAAAAGGGAAAAAAAACGCUUAGACGAUAAUCCCCUUUCAGAGACAGGCACAGCUACUGUAGAAUCACCAAAACUCACGAACUGAAUACAAGUGAAUGCUCCAAACUCCCGAACGGCAUACAAGGGAAUAAGAUAGCACUCCAAAUACACGAACAGGAACCAUACGAAUUGCUGCUACCAGACGAACAGGAAAAGCUCCCAAGCAGCUUACACUCCUGGCAAUCAGUCCUUAGCAGCAUACAGUAAAUCCCCCCAAAAACGAGACAAGGCUCCGUGUUGAGGGUCAAGCAGUGGUCUGUUUAAUGAGGGCUACCUGCCCAGUAUUUAUGCAGGUCUCCCACCUGGUGGACACUCCUCUAGGGGACCAAAUGGGAGACUGUGACAAGGGACAGACAAGCAGACAAAUAGGACACACAGUCACAGUAUUUCCCACAGUGCAUCCUGGCUUCCUCCCCUCUGCCCUGGGAGAUAACUGGGAAGUAACUCAAUUAUCUCCCAAGACAAAGGCAAAACUCCAUUACACACGUGGAGACACAAAACCAGCAUUAUACUUUAAAAUACAUAAUGUAACAUUUAUUACACAAAACACAGACAUGUAACAUAUCCCCAGAUAGCUCAGGUCCGAGCGGACAUUAUUAAGUGAAUGGCGCUCAGACCACACGAAUACAGUUUAAUCGCCAUGGAGCCAAAGUCUUUACAGUCAGUUUCAUACGAAUGGGCUCCAUGGGAUUCCUAUCUGGGGUAUAAUACAUUCAAACAAAAAUACCGAACACCGGGCCGUUCGUGCACUUCCACCGAACAAGAAGGGAGGUUGGCGGCUUCAGCGGUGUUCGCGCAAAACUGUGUCCGAUUUUAGUUCCAUGAAAAUAGAGGCGAACACCGCUGUGCAUUCGUAUGUUUUAAAAUGGCCACGACCUCGUGUUCGGGAUACGAAUGGCGGCCACCCAGCAUUCAUCAAUUAAGCUGCGGUUAACCGCAGCUUCAGGGAGGUUAAUUGCCGGCACACUCCAGCUCCCAGGAGGUCCAGUCAUUCGUACGGUUGUUCGGUAGAUUGAAACUACCGAACAACCGGCAGAAAAGCACGAAUACAGCUUUUCUGCAGGCAAAAUAAAGUCUUUUAAAAGGGGGCCAUAGUCCAAAGGCAGCAGGCGAGCAACCAGGCUUCUCCAAUGCAAUGUGGCGAGAUUGGUCUCGUCACACAAACCCAGAACUGGUGUGUGUUUUUUAUAGGGCAGUGUAGCCGUAACCAACACCUCCAAUCUCAUCUCAUUGAUUGGACUCCAGUUGGCUGACAUCUCACUCCAAUUAGCUCUUGGAGAUAUCAUUAGUCUAGGGGUUCACAUACUUUACCCACCUGCACUGUGAAUGUUUACAUGGUGUGUUCAAUAAAAACAUGGCAACAUUUCAUUCUUUGUGUGUUAUUAGUUUAAGCAGACUGUGAUUGUCUAUUGCUGUGACUUAGAUGAUGAUCAGAUCACAUUUUAUGACCAAUUUGUGCAGAAAUCCAUAUCAUUCCAAAGGGUUCACAUACUUUUUCUUGCAACUGUAACAUUUUAUUUAAAACAAUGUUAAAAGGUAAGUUUUAUUUAGUUACCUCUGCUUCUAGCAUCUCAUUAUUUCUUUCUAAACAUAAUUCACUCCAAGGGAUUACCCCAACGAAAUACCUGUAAGUCCCCUUGUGUGUGAUGAUAAUUAGCCAACCUCUCUGUAGUUCAUAUAGAAAUACGGGUUUAUUUUUACCACGUUUUAUUCUUGUUAAACAUCAUGUCAUGACUCUUGCAUCAACGUUUACCAUGCUGUAAUGUUUUCAAUGUAAAUGAACCAUUUUGCAUUUUUUUUCCUAAAGAUUUGUCAACUUCCCAGAAAUUGUCUUCCACUUCGGAAACUCUUGUUUUGUCCCCUUUAAGUCUAAGUCAAGAAAACAAACAAUCUGCAAAUAAUUUUGAGUCAGAAUGCCCAGUGCUAUAUAAAGCUGGAACAAGAAGCUGUAUGAGAAGUGCGUCUGAUUCAUCAGUGAAUCAAGAAGAAAAAAAAACCACCAACAUUUUUACACCAACAGAACACAAACACGGAGAAUAUCCAUCUACUCAAAUUAAAGCAGAAUCAUCUCCAUGUGAAGAAGGAAAUUCCCCAGACAAUGACCGUUUUACACCCACAGAACAUACACAGACACAAUAUCCAUCUGCAGACAAUAAAGAGGGACCAAGCUCAUGUGAAGAGAAUUUCACAGACACUGACAUGUCUACACCCAUAGACCAUACAGUGGUAGAAUAUCCGUCAACGCGUAUUAAGGAGGAACCAGACACUUACGAAGGAGACUAUCUCACACCAAAUUAUGCACCCAGUGAUUAUAUAUGUCCAGAUGAUUCAUCUAACCAUGUUAAGGAGGAAUUACCUUCUUGUGAAGAAGACACUGACAUUGAUACACAUUCGGAACAAACACAGACAGAAUAUGCAUCAACUCAGGAAGAAGAAAUGGCACCUGGUAAUGAUCGUGCCCCAUAUUCUAUACCUUACAUGACAGAGAAAUCAUCUGAUAUAUUACAUGAGUCUGAGAAAUGUCCUUCAAAUAAUCCCCAAAUGGUUAAACAGAAAAGAACUCGCACAAAGCCAAAUCCAUUUACACUGACAGAAUACGCAUCGACUCAGGAAGAACACAUGGAAUCUGGUAUCGAUUGUGCCCCAUUUUCUAUAACUCACACAAAUCUAAAAACAUAUGCUUGUUUUGAAUGCGGGAAGUGUUUUACACAGAAGUCAAAUCUUAAUGCACAUUUUAAAGUUCAUACAGGAGAGAAACCUUUUUCCUGUUCAGUAUGUGGGAAAUGUUUUACACGCAAGUCAUCUCUUACUACACAUUUUACAAUUCAUACAGGAGAAAAACCAUAUUCUUGUUCUGAAUGUGGUAAAAGAUUCAACCAAAAACCACAUCUCGUUCAGCAUCAGAGGCUGCACACAGGUGAGACACCAUAUUACUGUUCUGAUUGUGGGAAAGGUUUUCGACGGAAGGAGGGUCUUCUUCACCAUCAUAAAACUCACAAAGUAGAUAAACCAUAUCCCUGUCCUGAAUGUGGGCAGUGUUUCUCCAACAAAUUCAACCUUGGUCAACAUCAGAGGAUUCAUGGCGGAGAGAAACCAACUUUGGAACUUUGA